AUGGCAAUAGCAGCAGUGGGCCAGAUCUGUUCCACGGCCUCCAUGAGGGCCAACCUCGAUCAAUGUGUGAGAUUGGUUUCCGAAGCAGCUGUCGGCGGAGCAAAGGUUCUUUUCCUCCCCGAAGCAUCAGACUACAUCGCCCACAACGCACAAGAAUCACUCACACUAGCUCAACCGCAGUCCACAUCUCCCUUUGUCCAGGGCCUCUGUUCUGCGGCCAAGUCACACGCCAUCGCCAUCCACGUGGGCAUCCACGAACCGCUGCCGCAACAAGAGUCAACGCGCAAGCUGCUCAACCGAGCCCUCUACAUCUCGUCGGGAGGUGAGAUCAUCGAGUCCGCAUCCUACGACAAGCUCCACGUCUUUGACUACGCCAACCUCAAGGAAAGUGACACCGUACAGCCGGGUGCGAAGCUCACCGCGCCGUUUGACUCGCCUGUCGGCCGGAUCGGCAGCCUCAUAUGCUUUGACUUGCGGUUCGCGGAGCCUGCAAUCUCGCUGGCGCAGCCGGGGCCUCGGAGCGCGUGGUAUCAGCGGCCGGCGCAGAUUCUCACAUAUCCCAGUGCGUUUACGUUGCGGACCGGCCAGGCGCACUGGGAGACGUUGCUGCGGGGGAGGGCGAUAGAGACGCAGAGCUGGGUUGUGGCCGCGGCGCAGGUUGGGCGACAUAACGAGAGGAGGGCGAGCUAUGGGCGGAGUUUGGUCGUUGACCCGUGGGGGGAAGUGAGGGUUAGGCUGGGGGGCACAAAGGAUGAUCUGGGAGAUGCGGAGGAUGGCGCGGUUGGGCAGCUUGGGUUUGUGGAUUUGGAUAUGGGGGUUUGGGAGAGGGUGAGGGGGGAGAUGCCAUUGAAGAGGAGGGACGUGUAUCCGGAGCUGUGA